AUGGUCGAGUGGUGUGGCAGCGGGAGCGGGACGGAGCGGCUAGGUGGCCGCGGCGAGGCAUUGUUAGCUAAAUAUCUAGGUGGUCAGUUGGGCGGGCGGGGGUCGGGCGGCCGAAGACGGGCGGCUGGGCGCGUCGGGUGGGGCGGCGGACGUGCCGGGCCCGGCGCCGGCCGAUGUAUUGAGCGCGUAUUGCAGACGCGGUCACGCGCUGCAAUAUUGCGUUCGCUCUGCGAUAUUGCCCCUCAG